AUGGGCAGUAACACGGGACAACGGCCACUCUCAGAAGUGAGCCCGAUGGCUCACCGUCGGAACUCUCCAGUCUGGAACCAGUCUAAUAGGUCGUCGAAGAGCAUUGAGUCCUCGCCAUUUGAGUCGCCCUCUACAACGCGCCGCUUUUGGCAAGGCCGUGACUCGGGGUCUCCCUUCCAAAAGAACUCCGAAAACCAGGCACCGUACGACCCAGAAUUUGGGGUUUCCACCUCGAAGAGACCGUCUCUCGAGAAUUUGAAGCGUGCAUCGCGAGUCAAGGGUAACAGUAUGUUUCGCGACUACAACCAAGAGUAUGAUCCCGCGAGCGUCUACGUUCCGCAAAGGCCGCUGGCGUUCAAUCGUGCUUCGCCUCAGCGACAAAGCCAGGGUAUAACCACGGCCAAUACGCCUAGCCCCGACAAGGCGCAAAUAGUGCCUCGGCCUCCUUCGCCUAGCAAGGAUCAAGCACCCCCCGCGAAGUCGUCGCUAUCGCGCGCCAGUAGAUUUGGAACCAAGGACAUGGGCUUCGAUCCCGAGAAUGAAAUAUGGACCGAUAUUGAUGGUUCUCGGUACACGAAGAGUGUUACUUUUGAUGCUGCCCCGCCUCAGGUCAACGAAUAUGAGAUGACCACUCCUGACCCUUCCUCGAUCGCAUCUGAUUCGCGCGACGGAAGCUAUGACUCGGAAGAGGAUGAGGGCGACAUCAGCUUUGAUCGGGGGUCCAUUGACCGUGACGACAGUUUCGAUGCCUCGCUCGAGGAUCUUGAGAAAACCCCGGUCGUCAUGCCUGAGGAUUGGCGCUUUAUGAGCCCAGAGAACGCGAACGAUGAGUUAGUGAAGGAGAAUAAUGAUCCGUUCACCAGCGAAGACAGCCAAAGCCCUGAGCCCCGGUCUUCAUCAAGACAAGAGGGCCGUACAAGGCAUUCCCGUGUGGAGUCUCUGGAUUCUAAUGGUGAGCGUCGCCCUCUACCACCGCUGCCUGCGAUCCAAGGCCUGUCUUUUUCUCCACGGACACCAUCACCGGACAAGAUUACCGCAGCAUUUGAGCGUGGAAGCGGUAACCAGCGAGUCCUGCCAGCACCGCCAGCAGCGGCAACGUACAGCGAGUCGGAUAUUUACGAACUCGGCCGCGGUUCCAUGUCGCUCGAAGAUAGGUUGCGCCUCAUGAUGAUUCAGAGAGAAGAGCGUGAAAAGACGGCUGAACAGCGCAAUGAUGAAUCGAAAGUCAACGGGGACAAGAUGGAAGAUAACGUUGCCGACACACCAAAAGAAGUGGAGUCUGCGGCGGCUCACGGCAACCUACCUGCAGCGAGUGAAGGCGAUGUUUUUUCUCCUCCACGUAUUUCCAGGGACUCCAUACUGCGCGAUAUGCGCGGAGGGGACGACUACACGGAUGAUUCAUACGAAAACUCAUCUCAAGGAAGUGCAAGUCCUCGCGAUUACGGGAAUUAUGACCCAGAUGUUCCAAUUCCUUCUCUUGAGAAUGAUCACGAUAACAGUGACGAAGACGAUGAUGACGACGAUACGAAUAGUGUCGUGAUCAAGCAGGAGCCAGAAGAUGAUACCGAUGACCUUUACGACAUACCCGAUUAUUACGGCACGAUACCCUCAAAAGAUUCUUCUCUCAAGGACCUGAAAGGUCAGAAUGGGGACGAUGAGAGUCACUACUCGGGGCAUUCAAUGGAGGAUAUUUUCUCCAAGAGCAAUGGCUCGCAUGCUUCCGAUUCGACACCAGUCCCUGCUGAUCGGCCCGAUGAAGCUUCAAAGCAAAUCGAGUCGACCGACACUCGGGAAGACCCUCAAAAUGGUGAAGCUUCGGCUCCCAAAAUGGCUGCGAUGUUGGAGUCUCUUCGACGCCCUGUGACCCCUGACAAUGCCUCGGAAAUAUCUGCGCCAUCCACUCCAGACUCAGUAAUCCGACAUCCAGUGGAUGAUGAAGUUAGCGAUCUGGAAGAGUCAGCAGAUGAAAGCAUUCCCGACCCAAUUGCCACUGUCAAAGCUCCCGGAGGCAGUCUAAAGAUUCGUCCAUCAUUAACCCCUGCAGACGUUGAAUCUAUGGCGGCUACCCGACGCAAAGUCAGCGGUCAGAUACCGCCACCAACCCAGGCCCCCGAUGAGCCUGAAAAAGAAGAAGAGCCCGAAUCCGAUCCUGUAGAGAACCAGGAGCAACCUGAAAAGCCCUCGAAGGAAACCCCUCGCAAGCCCAGCUUAAUGCAGCUAGACAUCCCGUUCAGCAUCCAAGAAGACGAAAGUCUUGGAUUUGGCUUGGAUAAAGAAUUCGACCGCGUUAUUGAGUCCCAAAAGAGAGGCUACCUGAUGCGACAAAACACAAAGGUUAUUGUUGCCAGUAGCCGCCCCGAGGAGGAGCCCGCGUCCGCGUCCGCAGCAGAGGCACCUACAGACCCGCGAAGCACGCGACCGGGUGGGUCGCCCCAGCGCAAGGCUAGCCAGCAGACCUGGACCACAGUGCCUUGGAAUUCAGGUCCCCGCCGGGCUAGUAUCCGUACGCCCUCUGGCGCAAUUCGCAAGAAGCCCGUUGGUGGGCCCGUGCCUCCUUUGCCGGGCCAGCAGAGUAACGCCCAAGAGCCUCCUACCCCAGUCGAAGAAAUUGAGCCAACACUCAAUACUGCCUUUGAAGAUGGUGAGGAGCGGGGCAGGCUCUUUGUGAAGGUCGUUGGGCUGAAGUACCUAGAUAUGCCCCUCCCCAAAGGAGAGCGCUCGUACUUUUCUCUUACAUUGGAUAAUGGCCUACAUUGUGUCACCACUGCUUGGCUGGAACUUGGCAAGACUGCUCCUAUCGGACAAGAAUUCGAGCUCAUCGUGCAAAACGAUCUCGAGUUCCAGCUCACACUGCAGAUGAAGAUGGAUGAAGAAAAGUUCAAGGCCCAAGAGGCCACAGCUUCCGCAUCGCCAUCCCGCCAGAAGCAGUCGACAUUUGGCAGAAUGUUUGCCUCCCCGCGUAAGCGCAAGGAACUUGACAUGAAACAGCAGCUCGCAUCACAGCAGCAGCAGAAGAAGCAUGAUCCUAAUGCGCCAGUUUGGGAACGCCUCCGAACGCUUGUCGCUAGGGACGGCAGCUUCGCACGUGCCUACACAGCUCUCAGCGACCAUGAAAAACAUGCGUAUGGCCGGCCGUAUACUGUUGAUGUGGCCUGCUUCAACGAAUGGGCUGUUGAGGAGCAGCCAAGCAGCGUGAAGAGCAAGAAGAGCACCGCAAGUGGCAUGUCCCAGCGCCGUCCUCCUUAUAAGAUUGGAAAACUAGAAUUGCAACUCUUGUUUGUGCCCAAGCCUAAGGGCACCACAGACGACGAUAUGCCCAAGAGCAUGAACGCCUGCAUACGGGAGAUGCGCGAGGCGGAGACUGCAUCCACCCGUAGCUGGGAAGGCUUUCUCUCGCAGCAGGGAGGUGACUGUCCGUACUGGCGUCGCCGCUUCUUCAAACUUGAGGGACCUAAAUUGACUGCUUACCAUGAAACCACCCGUCAGCCUCGUGCAACCAUCAACCUGGCCAAGGCCGCCAAACUCAUUGAUGAUCGAACAACUUUGACACAGAAAGAGACCACAGCGCGUGGCGGAAAGCGACGCAAAUCCGCAUUUGCCGAAGAGGAGGAAGGGUAUAUGUUUGUGGAAGAGGGGUUCCGCAUCCGUUUCGGUAACGGCGAGGUGAUUGACUUCUAUGCAGAUAGUGCAGCCGACAAGGAAGGCUGGAUGAAGAUCCUCGCAGAAACCGUUGGUAAAGGACCGUCUGGAGCUAACCCGGCUAAGCCCUGGACUGAGCUUGUUCUGAAGCGCGAGCGAAGCAGGAAGACGUCCCGACGAGAGACAGCAGAUCGGUUCUCUCAUUUAGGGACUGCACCUCCACCUGUCAAGAAGGACGUCAAUAUGGCUCCUCCUCCAACGGCGCCGGCGCCGACAACACACGCAGCUCCGGCUCCGUCUCCGCGGCCGCGACACAAAUACACGCAGUCACAACCUGAAGUUCGCAGCCCAGAAUCUCGGCGGCAGAAAGCACGUUCUUUGAUAUUUUGA